GCCAUUCCAAUGCAAAGGAUAAAACUGCUAGUACUAUCUGUAGGAAGCUUCAAGCAUCCUACAGGCAUUUCAGCAUUGCUGAGACUAAGAAUAUGCACCUGCUCAUUGUAUUAUACUGUGAGCUGUGGUUUAUUGUGAACUACACAAUCUAGCUGAGUUGUUCUAUGUGAAACCUGUACACAGAACAGGUUUACUACAGAGGCUACCAAUUCCAACAUUCACUCCACUGCAGUUUUGAUGGAUUUUUUUUUUCUGCUGGAAGACAGGUUUCUCUUGGACACAAGACACCGAGAGCUAUGGACUAUGAAUCACAGUGCUCUUAAGAUUCAAAGUUACAAAAAUAAAUGAAUACAUAAAUAGAUUUAGAAACUGUCUUAAAAUCUUUCUCAGAACAUUUUUUUUUUUUGGUUCAUUUUUUUAAAUGACCAUAAUUGUUUUGGGUAUUCAGAAUGCUUGUUUGUCCCCUGCUUUGUGAUCUGGUCUGUGAUUUUUCUAUUUAGCACUCUUGAAAGGUGGGCUACACCAUGGCUUAGUAUUCCCUGAUUUAUUUCUUUUUUUACCACUCAAUAGACUCCAGCGAUCAACUGUUUGGUUUGGAAUUACAAUUACUUCUGAUUAUUUCACAUGAGCGAACACUAAUGGACAAUUACUCAACCCUUCAGUUGCAGUGUCUGGAGAUGACAACCAAGAGGAAGCUCAUUGGCCGCCUGGUGCCCUGCCGAUGCUUCCGGGGUGAGGAAGAGGUCAUCUCAGUGCUGGAUUACUCCCACUGCAGCCUCCAACAGGUGCCAAAGGAGAUCUUCAGUUUCGAGCGCACGCUAGAGGAACUUUAUCUAGAUGCUAAUCAGAUUGAAGAGCUACCCAAGCAAUUAUUUAACUGUCAAGCACUGCGCAAACUGAGCAUGCCCGACAAUGAUCUUUCCAGUCUGCCAGCCACCAUCGCCAGCCUUGUAAACCUUAAGGAGCUAGACAUCAGCAAAAACGGUAUUCAAGAUUUUCCAGAUAACAUUAAAUGCUGUAAAUGUUUAACAAUUAUUGAAGCCAGUGUCAAUCCAAUUGCCAAACUCCCAGAUGGCUUCACACAGCUGUUAAACUUAAUGCAGCUCUACUUAAAUGAUGCAUUUCUGGAAUAUCUUCCUGCCAACUUCGGGAGGCUUACCAAAUUACGCAUCUUGGAACUACGGGAAAAUCACCUGAAAACUUUACCAAAGUCAAUGCACAAACUGACACAGCUGGAGCGUUUAGACCUGGGCAAUAAUGAAUUCACUGAAAUGCCGGAAGUCCUGGAGCAAAUACAAAACCUGAAGGAGCUGUGGAUGGAUAACAAUGGAUUGCAGACACUACCAGGGUCUAUAGGGAAGUUAAAGCAGUUGACGUAUUUGGACAUGUCCAAGAACAGGGUAGAAACCAUUGACAGUGAGAUUUCUGGUUGCGAGGCUCUAGAGGACCUCCUCCUGUCAUCCAAUAUGUUGCAGCAGCUGCCAGACUCUAUAGGAAUGUUAAAAAAGCUGACAACUCUAAAAGUGGAUGACAACCAGCUGACCGUUCUGCCUAACACAAUAGGAAGUGGACGCGCCAAAUUAGGUUUAUCGCUUUUAGAAGAGUUUGAUUGUAGCUGUAACGAGCUUGAGUCCCUUCCUCCCACCAUUGGAUAUCUCCAUAAUCUCCGGACGUUAGCUGCUGAUGAAAACUUUCUGUCUGAGUUGCCAAGAGAGAUUGGAAGCUGUAAAAAUGUGACUGUCAUGUCUCUGCGCUCCAAUAAACUUGAGUUUCUGCCUGAGGAGAUUGGACAGAUGCAGAAGUUGAGGGUUUUAAAUUUGAGCGACAACAGGUUGAGAAACUUGCCGUUCAGUUUUACAAAGCUGAAGGAACUUGCAGCACUUUGGCUUUCAGAUAAUCAGUCCAAGGCACUUAUUCCCCUACAAAGCGAGGCUCAUCCAGAAACAAAGCUGAGGGUGCUUACCAACUACAUGUUUCCACAGCAACCACGCAACGAAGAAGAUUACCAGUCAGACAACGACAGUUUCAACCCAACCCUAUGGGAGGAGCAGCGACAGCAGCGCAUGACUGUGGCCUUUGACUUUGAAGACAAGAAGGAAGAGGAGAACUCUGGGAAAGUUAAGGUUGAAAUAAACCUGAAGCGCUAUCCCACACCCUACCCUGAGGACCUGAAGAACAUGGUGAAGUCAGUGCAGAAUCUGGUGGGAAAGACUAGCCACGCUCUAACCGGAGAUAAGCGCGAUUCCAGCACCAACAUGGAGCUCCAAGUCAAGGACAAAUACGAACACAAGUGGCCCAUCUCAACAAAGGAGGUAACAAGCGAGGUUACAGAGCGAGAAACCAAAGACUUCCAGAAGACACAGAUGACUGAAUCAAGUACCAGCCAUAAUUCUGCCAUGGAAAUCCCAAAGCGAAAGGAGAAGGAUGAGCUAACUGAGAGCUCAGAGAUUGCUUUACAUCGAGUCGUCCCCAAGCAGCAACAGCCAGAGACACUCUCCCUUACAGCUUCCUGUUUCUGCCUCAUAGAUUCCUUAGGAGGCUCCCCAAAUGACAUUCGAAUUUCGGAUAUGCGACCUACCUUAGUUGAACCUCCUUUGUACAAGCCAAAAGUCGUCUUGAUGGGUAAAGAAAAGAAAGAAUCGACAGACGAGUCAGACGCAGAUAAAAUGCACUGUCCAAAUAACAGCGGUUCCUCUGCCACUUACUCAGACUACUCCCCUUCCCAGGGGUCCUCAGGCUCCUCGAACCCCCCGGGGAAUGUGGGAGCACUGCAGACCGGUUCCAAGGACGGGGUGGUGCCCACCCAUUGGACAAACAGGCUAGCUCAAUCUUUCCCCCAGCCCAUCGAGACAAAGCCAUUGAUCAGCCAGAGAGAAUCUGCCCCAGCAGGAAUCCCACAGCAGCGCAAUGAGAGGCACCCACUUACCGAUACCUUCGACAACUGGAACGACAGCUCCCAUUAUGACAACACUGGCUUCGUUGCAGAGGAAACCACCAUGGAAAAUUCAGGCACCACCCCGAUGCUAGGCUCCACUUCCAGAAGCGCUUCCAGCCAUGGACGCAGGCCUCUAAUAAGGCAGGAUAGGAUAGUGGGUGUCCCUCUAGAGCUGGAGCAGUCACCACACACGUUCCACAAUGUCCGAAACACACCCGAAACUGAAGUGCCUGCUCCUAAUCCUUGGCAGAACUGGACAAGAACCCCCAGCCCCUUUGAAGACAGGACUGCGUUUCCUUCCAAGCUGGAAAGUACUCCAGCAAGCAGCCCAGCCCCUGACAAGAAGGACUUUGAGCAAGAGAUGGGUGAGCUACCUGGGACCUUCCCGUCUACUGGGGCAUGGGGCUUCUUGGAAUCCCGAGAUUCGGGAGCUAGCCGGAGCCAUUCGAACAUAUUCCACUGCAGGCAAGACCCCGUUAAAGGUGCUAUUGUCAUCAGUAAAAGCACAGAGAGGUUGUCUCCCAUGAUGAAGGAAGUGAAGGCCAAGUUCAAAAAAUCCCAGAGCAUUGAUGAGAUUGAUAUCGGAUCAUAUAAGGUGUACAGCAUCCCGCUUGAUAACUACGGCUCCAGUAUGGAAAACCAAGGCAGCUUGGAUAAGCCCGAAACCCAGCCAUCGCAGGAACAAAGCAUGUCGCGCAGUCAGUCAGUCCCCAUGCUGGAUGAAGAUUUGGAAGGGUACGCCAGCGGCAAGGGGUCCCAGCAGCAGAAGCCUCCCAUCCCUAAAAAAGUUUACCACUUCGAUCAAAGCUUCAACCCUAAAGGGGCAGUGGAUGUGAAGUCUGAGAGGAGGCUACCUACCUCCUUUAACACCAACCCUGAGUAUAUGAGCCAACAGGGUAAGAACAUCCCCAAGGAGGUGCUGAGUCCAAGGGGAUAUAGGGGGUAUACACCUAUGGAGCACAUGUUCUCAUUUUCCCAGCCUUCAGUCAAUGAGGACUCUAUCAGCCAGCAGUUUCCCAGCCAGAGGUCCCGGCCUGGAUUCCUCCGGAGAUCAGACUCCCUGGUCAGCUCCACGGAGAUGGCUCUCUUCAGAAGGGUAACAGAAGCCCAAGAGCUGCCACUCAACGACCGGUAUAACAGGACGCAUUAUAAAGGCAUGUUGGAGCACCAGAACAGCAUGUCCACCAUGACAGAAUCCCAGUUCCACAAAAGGAAUGGUAGGUAUGAGGAUGAAUACUUGUCGUAUCAGGAGACAAAAAAGCCCAUCACAGGUUUUCCUGUGAAAAACCUAACCCAGCGGCGGCCAUUGUCAGCCCGGAGCUACAGCACGGAGAGCUACGGGGCUUCCCAAGCAAGACCGGUGUCUGCAAGGCCUACUAUGGCUGCACUCUUAGAAAAAGUCCCUUCCGAUUACAAUCUCAGCACCUGUACGGAAAAGACCUCCGACAACGAGAUGAAGAUGCGUACUGCACAGAUGAAAGGGGAUGACAGCUCUUCAAAAAUGCCAGUGGACUGGAGGCAACAGCUGCUUAGACAUAUAGAGGCUAAAAGAUUAGACCGGACUCCAUCUCAGCAGAGCAACGUCUUGGAUAAUGGACAGGAAGACAUGUCUCCAACCAGCCAGUGGGCUCCAUAUUCACUGGGCCGGAGGGACGUACCACCGGAGAACGUCAUAAAAAAACUCCCUGACUCUUUGCCCAAUGGGUUAAAUUACCCACAGGCAGGUAGCCACUCUCACCAAGUUCAGACGAUGAUGUUGUCCUCCACGCAGAACCCCCAGCACCGAUCCGCCCGAGACCAACAGUACGAAGGUGCCAUCAAUAAAAUCUCCAUCCAGCAGUAUCAGUCACCGCUGCCCAUCCCCAUCUCCAUCUCCUCCACGCAAAGCCUUUCCAGCCCGCGGGGGGCUCAAAGUGGACGCUGCCUGAUACAGACGAAGGGGCAGAAGAGUAUGGAUGGGUAUCAGGACCAGUUUUGUGUUCGAAUCGAGAAGAAUCCUGGCCUUGGUUUCAGCAUCUCAGGAGGAAUUAGCGGACAGGGUAACCCAUUUAAGCCUUCAGAUAUGGGUAUCUUUGUUACUAGGGUACAGCCUGACGGAGCGGCCUGCAAUGUCUUACAACCUGGGGAUAAGAUUCUAAAGGCGAAUGGACAUAGUUUUUCACACCUGGAACAUGAAGAGGCUGUGUCUUUGCUGAAGAGUUUCCCGAAAACAGUGGACCUGGUAAUCUUGAGGGAGAAUCCAUCUUAAAUAUUUUUAUACUACGCUGGUAACCCAAUCGGAAAGGACAUACAAAAAUAUAUAGAUACUGAUUUAUAUCUAGGAAUAGUCACAUUUGCCAAUUGCUGGACCAAUGGCAAAUAUUAGUGCCAAAUGUAUAAUAGGUUACAUAUCUUAUAGUAUUAUUAUCAUGAAUAUUAAGAAGAAAAGAGUUGUCUGUUUAAAAUGUGUUGUUGUAAUUGCAAUUCAGUUAUAUCUUUCAGCCAGAGGCUGUAGAUUGGUGCCAAUAUGUAUUUUCUUUUCUUUUUUUAUGCAUUUAUUUUUUAUUUAUUGAUUUCCAUUAGUAGGUUUUUCUUUGAAGAUAUUGAGAGCACUAAAGCAUACAAGCUCUUUAGGAAUUACAUUUGCCAUUAACA